UUCACUUUCUUUUAUAGCUGCUGUGAGCUGAAGGGACUUGAAGAAGUGGGUGCAGACUCUGCUCCGCUCUCUGGGGAGAACCCUACCUGCUGCAUCUGAAGGAAACGUGCAGUCACCAUGGAGCAGAACUGUGGUCUAAUCACUGGAAACAAGGAGCCAGUGCCACUGAAGAGCAUCUCAGUAACCCUGUCUAUCAAUGACUUUGUGGCUAGUGUCUCUGCAACCUUAAAUUAUGAGAAUGAGGAGAAAGUCCCCUUGGAGGCAAUCUUUGUGUUCCCCAUGGAUGAAGACUCUGCUGUCUACAGCUUUGAAGCCUCGGUGGAUGGGAAGAAAAUUGUGGCCGAAUUGCAAGAGAAAAUGAAGGCCCAUAGCAUCUAUGAGGAUGCCCUCUCUCAGGGUCACCAAGCUUACUUAUUGGAAGAGGACGACUACACCAGGGAUGUCUUUUCUUGCAAUGUGGGGAACCUCCAGCCUGGGGCUAAGGUGGCAGCGACCCUGAGGUAUGUGCAGGAGCUGCCUCUGGAGACAGACGGGGCCCUGCGCUAUGUGCUCCCAGCAAUCCUAAAUCCAAGAUACCAGCUCUCUGAACAAUCUGCAAAUAGUUUCUUGAAUAUAAAGACCCCCAUAGUCCCUUUGGAGGACCUGCCCUACACGCUCAGCAUGGUUGCCACCAUCACUUCCCAGCAUGGCAUUGAGAGGGUCCAGUCCAACUGCUCCUUGAGUCCUAUGCAGUACCUGGCUGAUGACAAGACGUCUGCUCAGGUUUCCUUGGCUAAAGGACACAAGUUUGACCGGGAUGUGGAACUCCUGAUUUACUACAAUGAAGUGCACAGCCCCAGUGUAGCUGUGGAGAUGGGGAUGCAGGACAUGAAGCCAGAUAGUUUGAUGGGAGCUCCUUCUGCAAUGGUGAGUUUCUAUCCAGAUAUCCCAGAAGUGGAGGCCUCAAAGGCCUGUGGAGAAUUUGUGUUCCUCAUGGACCGCUCAGGAAGUAUGGGAUUGGCUAUGAACAACCAGAUGGAUUCUCAGUUACGCAUAGAGGCUGCCAAGGAAACUCUGCUGCUGUUGCUGAAGAGUUUGCCUAUGGGUUGUUAUUUCAACAUCUAUGGAUUUGGAUCCUUCUAUGAAAAAUUCUUCCCGGAGAGUGUGAAGUACACUCAGGAAACAAUGAAGGAGGCAAUGAAAAGAGUGAAGGAUAUAGAAGCAGACCUAGGGGGCACUGAAAUCCUGAGACCACUCUGUGAUAUUUACAAAGCUCCCUCCAUCCUUGGACAUCCUUUACAGCUCUUUGUCUUCACAGAUGGAGAAGUUAUUGACACAUUUAGUGUCAUUAAAGAAGUUAAGUUAAACAGCAAGAAGCACAGUGAUUGCAUUAUACAUCCCAAGGCAUCUACUGGUGAUUUGAUUUAUAUGGAAGGAUAUGAGUAAGCUAAAGGUGCAUGUUGCCAUGUAUUUUCAAGUAAUACCGGACCCCAACACUGCAGGAUGCAAAGCACAGUCACAUGAACAUACCCAAAGGUACUGUUCUUUAAGUAGACAGAGUUGUCCAAUUUCUGUGGAAUGGCAGUAGUAAUUUAACUCUCAUCAACUUUACAAAUGAUUUCCAGUAACUUUCUUUCCAUAUAAUUUGGGUAUUUACUUUCUUAAAAUUUAGCCAGUUUUGUGCAUGGGACCAGAGUGUCUCUGGGUUUAAUGUUUUAUUUUCCUGACAAAUCUACUUCAUACUACUUUUAAUAUUUAAUAGGCAAUAGAGAGGCCUCUUUUGAUAUUCCUUCAAAUCUCUAUACUUCUGUUUUUGUCUUCUCUAGAAUAUUUCCUGUUUUUACUGAGAUCUAUUUGUUUUUAUAUUUUGAAUAUGAAUGUACUGAUAACUAUUUUCUUAUUCUAUAGCCUACAUUUUCACUAUCAAGACUGUUUCCUCUUCUUUGUUUUCUAAGAUAGGAUUCUGUGUCCAGUUCUGAAUGGUCAGGAACUCCUUUUCUAGCUCAGGCUGGUCUCACUGGGUGUUAUUCUGCCUGCCUCUGCCUCUAGGGUUUUGGGAUUGAGCCAUGGGCUACCAUCCAUGACUCAAGUAAUUUCCAUCUUAAUUUCAAGUCUCUGAAGUUUUUCUUUAGGAGUAUGACUUUUGUAUGUGUUCUGUUAAGUUUUUUCUUUAUUCAAGUUAUUCUGAUGGUUUACACUUUCCUUUCAAAAGAUUUUGCUCUUUAUAUUGGUUCUUUGUCAGCUUUUUAUAUGUACAUAUACAUUCUGGUUACUAUCUCCUCCCAUUCUUUCCUAUUUCCCCCCAUCUCCAUCAAUCUUCCCUUCCCUACCUGUUCUUCUUGUAGAUUUGUCUUUUUGUUUUAUAGCAUGACCAAUUUUAUUUAAUCAGUGCCAUCUCUAUGACCACUGAAUUAGAACCGACCAUUGAAUUUUGGUUGGUUUAACCUUGGGUAUACGACUGAGGGCAAUGAAUAUGUCUUUCACUGAUUCUUAGGAUGUCACUCCAAUAAUGGUCAUGCAAGUAUUGCAGCAGUGAGUACACUGUCCCUGGCAGAUGGUAUUAUAUUUUGUAUGGCUCAAAAAAUGGUUCAAACCAUUGUUGUCUUUUCUCUCCCUAUAGUGGCAUUUCAUUUGUAUUUUAAUAAAUAAAGCUUCCCUGAAGAUCAUAAAAGUAUACCAGUCAUACUGGCCAGCUUUACAGACCAGGCAGCAAUGAUACACACCUAUAAUUCCAGUAGCCACAAUAACACACACUUUUUGUCCCAGUAUCCAUGCAAGUUUGUCAAAGAAACCAGGUAGUAGUGGUGCACACCCUUAAUCCCAGAACUAGAGAGGAUUAUAAAACAGGAAGAGACAGCUCACAGUCUCGGUCUCCUCCUGAGAUUUCCUGGAGGCAAGACUAACUAAUUUUGGACUGAGGUCUCAGUAAGAGCCAGUGUCUGACUACUUUUCUUUUCUGGUGUUCAGGUUGAACCCCAAUAUCUAUUUCUGAGGUUUUAUUAAUCAUGCUUCAACUCCCAGCAGCCUUUAUAGUAUUUCUUGAUUUCUCUAUAUCAUACAACUAAGGUUGUAGUUGCUUCAGCAUUACUU